AUGGCCGACUACCUGAUCAGCGGGGGCACCGGCUACGUGCCCGAGGACGGGCUGACUGCCCAGCAGCUCUUCGCCACCUCCGACGGCCUCACCUACAAGUACGACCUGACCUCGGCGCUGACCCGCAAGAUCACCCUGAAGACCCCCCUCAUCUCCUCCCCCAUGGACACCGUCACCGAGGCCGACAUGGCCAUCGCCAUGGCCGUGAGCGGGGGGGGGGCAGCACCCUGGGGUGCUGGGGGGGAUGAGUGGGCAGGUCCAGGACAGAUAGCAGGCAGGGCAGGGGGUGCAGCCCAUGGUGGCCCUGGGGUCCCCUCCCGGGUGACGAUGGCCCCGCAGGUGAUGACAAAACGCAACGAUUUGGUGGUGGCUCCAGCCGGCGUCACCCUCAAAGAGGCCAAUGAGAUCCUGCAGCGCAGCAAAAAGGGGAAGCUGCCCAUCGUCAACGACAGUGACGAGCUGGUGGCCAUCAUCGCCCGCACGGACCUGAAGAAGAACCGGGAGCACCCACUGGCCUCCAAGGACGCCCGCAAGCAGCUGCUGUGCGGGGCAGCCAUCGGCACCCGCGAGGACGACAAGUACCGCCUGGACCUGCUGGUGCAGGCCAGCGUCGACCUGGUGGUGCUGGUGGUGAUGAUGGGGUCCCUGCUGGCGGCCACCACGGAGGCGCCGGGGGAGUUCUUCUUCUCGGAGGGGGUGCGGCUGAAGCAGUACCGGGGCAUGGGCUCGCUGGACGCCAUGGAGAAGAGCAGCAGCAGCCAGAAACGCUACUUCAGCGAGGGUGACAAGGUGAAGGUGGCACAGGGGGUGUCGGGCUCCGUUCAGGACAAAGGCUCCAUCCACAAAUUCGUCCCCUAUUUGAUCGCGGGGAUCCAGCAUGGCUGCCAGGACAUCGGUGCCAGGAGCCUCUCCGUGCUGCGGUCCAUGAUGUACUCGGGGGAGCUGAAGUUCGAGAAGAGGACCAUGGCGGCGCAGAUUGAGGGGGGGGUCCACGGGCUCCACUCGUAA